AUGAAUGCCACAAAGCGCAAGUUCAACACCCUGCUCCAGGGCCUGGGUUCUACGCGCUCCAAGAACACCGACAGCCCACCACCAAAGAGCGAUAUCAACUCUUCGCCUUCGUCUCGAACCACAGCAACGGCUUCGCCCAAGUCGACGCCCACGCGUCCCACAACCGCCCUCGAGGCAGAACUCCUACAAAAGCGUCGGCGCCUUGGCCUGCCCGAUUCCACAGCGCCGGCGUUGGACAGCCCAAAAAGCCCAGCAAAGACAGUUACGACGACCUUGCGAAAACCCCAGACGACCACCGCGACGAAUACUCGGAAGGAUGCUCCCGCCAAAUACUCGCCGAGUGAUCGAGGCGAACUCUUGAGAAGGCUCGGUACCUUUCAAGAGAUAACAGACUGGACCCCGAAGCCGGAGAGGGUCAGUGAGGUGGAAUGGGCCAAGAGGGGAUGGGUUUGCCAUGGUAAAGAGACGGUGCGGUGUCUGCUCUGCCACCGAGAGCUGGUUGUUAAACUCAACCGGAAGUUGGUUGACGGCAAGGAGAUCCCCGUACUUGUCCCCUCCGAAAUUGAGGAUGCACUGGUCGACAAAUAUGCAGACCUCAUCGUAACCUCCCACAAGGAGGAGUGCCUCUGGCGCAAGAGAGGCUGUGAUGAUUCCCUGCUGCGACUGUCCCUUACUAACCCCGGCGUCACUUUGGAAGCCUUGCGGCAACGCUACGAUGACCUGUGUUCCAGAAAGUCCUUUCUGCCGUACGAGUUCAAUCUUCGUCUCCCGGAUGACUUAAAGCUCGAUGAAAUCAUGCCUCACCUGCCCCGGGACUUCUUUUCGAAUCCAGCUCCGGUUAGUGGAACACCCGAUCAGCACCCCAAUCGGGUUGCUCUGUCUCUCGCCCUUCUGGGGUGGCAAGGGCUCUCCAACCCUCGUAUUGGUUCAGUUCCCAACUCGGCCUCAUGCCAUACCUGCCUGAGACGGCUGGGGCUCUGGAUGUUUAAGAGCAAGGAGGUGUCGGAUGAUGGCGAGGUUCUCGUCCCGGCCCCUAUGGAUUUCUUGGAUCCCCUUAGGGAACAUCGAUUCUUCUGCCCUUGGUCAAACGCCGAUACUCAAAAACAAGGAAGCCGACAGAAUCGUCCGGAGGGAGAGUUGCCGGGGUGGAAAAUCUUGGUCCAAACAUUAGCCAACGACUCACACCUGCGAAGUGUUUAUGAAGGCCGGCCUUCAGCUCGGUCGCAAUCACAAACCACUGGUGAUGUUCCAUCAACGCCUCGGAGACCAGGGACAGCCAUAUCCGUAACAACGCUUCAGGCUACACCCGCGACCCCAGCUACCGCCGGUGGUUCGGAUAAUAUCGAGGAGGACGAAAAGGACAGAGAUGCCAAGGACAAGGAGCGGUGGGCACGGCUGAGGAGAGUAAAGAGUUUGUUCGAUUCCAAGGGCACAAGGAAGCUGAGGAAUUCAAUCAGCCGCCCGAUAAGUCGACCAGGAACGGCCCAUUCGUCCAAGUCGACAGCCGGCCAGAAGGAAUGA